AUGCCUGAUCGUACUAUCGUUUCCUGGGACACUUUACUCUGGGCAUAUUCCCAGAGCCGGCAUAUUUCCAACACGAAGAUUCUUUUUGAUCGAAUGGCGCAGCACAGUCCCCUCUCGUUCGCAGGAAUGGCAAUCGCUUGCAUCAACGGCGGAGAUGCAGCUUCCGCAGAUGGAAUCUUGUCCGAAAUAUACCGCUUCUUAGAUGCUCCUGCGGGAAACUCUGUCUUAGUAGCAUAUACCCAUCGCUGGGAUCUGGACCGAGCAAAAUGCCUCUUUGACAGAAUGGACGGCUGCGAUGUGGCCUCCUGGACGGUGCUGAUGCUGGCAUAUACCCACUCUGGGCAUCUGGAGCACGCAGAGAGAAUGUUCGCCGGGAUGCCCAAAAGAGAUACGGUGGCUUGCAACAUUCUUGUGAUGGCCUACGCGGCUAAUGGAGAUUCCUCUCAAGCGAUCAGAGUUUUCGAGGAUAUGAAAGUGAGAGACGCUGUCGCUUGGAACACGAUGAUCGCUGCUUGCGGCCACUGUGGCGAAUCCAACAAGGCCGAGCUCUUCUUCCACAAAAUGGCUCGCCACAACACCGUCUCUUGGAACUCGUUGAUCGCGGCGUUUGGACAGUGCGGCCACGCUGAAAAAUCCGCCGAGCUCUUCCGGAGAAUUCCACUCCGCAACGAUAUGUCGUGGAGAGUCCUCGUUGCCGCGUAUGCUCACAACGGGCACUUGUCCGAAGCGGUGGAGUCUCUCCGGGAGACGCUGCUCGAUGGCUUGUCACCGGACGAGGCUACUUUCGUGGCCGUUGUCUCGACGUUGGGCCAUGCCGGGCGCGUGCUGGAUGCUCGGAGGUUGCUUGUCUCGAUGGUGUUCGACUUCGGAUUGGAGUUGUAUCUGGAGCACUACGUGUGCAUGGUGGACGGGCUCGGGCGGUCCGGAAAAGUGAAAGAGGCCGAGGAACUCAUCGCCAACAUGCCCUUUCUUGAUACUGACAUCGUGUGA